AUGCGUGCUUUGGCCGUGCGGCGGGCGCCGCUGCUGCGGCGCAUGUACGUCCCUGUGCGUUUUGCGCAUACGCCUGCAAAGAGUGAUACGGAUAUCGUGAUUGUGGGCGGAGGCGUGGUCGGCCUCGCGAUGCUGGGUGGCCUGGUUGCGAAUCCCGCACUCCCCCCGAUGAAGGUCGCGCUGGUGGACACGAUGGACCUGUCGCGCUUUGCAUCGUGGCAGGAUCAGAAGAAAAGCACGACGCGCGCUGCUACGGCGGCGCACGACGGCGUGCAGUGGGAGAACCGCGUGAUUAGUAUGAACAUGGACAACCUCGCGUGGAUGAAGCAAAUCGGCGCAGACGCCUACCUGGACUGGUCGCGCAUGCGCACCGUCGAGCGCAUCCGCGUCUGGGACGGCCUCUCGGACGCCGGUGCAGAGUUUGGGCCCGGGCCCGGGCCCGACGGCGCGCUCAGCUCGAUGGUCGAGAUCUCCAACGUGCAGCAGGCGCUCUACCGCCUGAUCCAGGCGCGCACGGCCGAGCCGUCGUGCAAUGUCUCGGUCGAGAUCCUGGACAAGACGCGCGUCGCAAACAUUACCGCGCCGAGCCAAAACGCCUGGCCGCUCCUCGAGCUCGAGCGCGAGAACGAGACGCGGGCGAUCGCGACGCGCCUGCUCGUCGGCGCGGACGGGCACAACUCGCCGGUGCGCAAGUUUUCUAGCAUCGAGAGCUUCGGAUGGCCGUACCACUGCAAAGGCCUCGUCGCGACGCUGCGCACCGGCAUUGCGCCGCAGAGCGCCGAGCCGCUCGUCGACCAGAGCGCGUGGCAGCGCUUCCUGCCGACGGGCACGCUCGCCUUCCUUCCCCUCUCGCCGAGCACCGGCACGAUCGUGUGGGCACUCCCCCCUCCCCUUGCCGACGCGCUCGGCGCACUGCACCGCCACGACGCGGCGCAGAACGAGAUGCCGACGCUGCUUGCUGCGCUCAUUUCCGCUGGAUUCCGCCUGCCGUGGGACGCGCUCGAGCGGCUCGUGUACGAGGCCAAAGACCUCGCGGCGCUGCCCGAGCCUGAUGUCGCCGCGUUCCGUGCCGCGAUCCUCGCCGAGAUGGUGCACGCGGAGCAGGUGCUCGGCGAGCGCGCGCCGAGUGCGCACCUCGGCACGGUCCCCCCGCUGGGCGACGCGGUAGACGUAAAGAGCGUCGCAUCCUUUCCCCUGCAGCUCAAGCACGCGGGGUGCUACCUCGGGAGCACGCUGAACCGCAACCUGCACACGUCGCUCCCUACGCCGUCGGCGCUGAUUUCCGGCGCACUCACCGCGCUGGGCCUCACACCCGGCGGCGCGGCGCGUGGCGAGGGCCAAGGGCGCACGGUGCUCGUCGGGGACGCGGCGCACACGACGCACCCUCUCUCGGGCCAGGGCCUGAACCUCGGCAUCCAGGACGUGCGUGCGCUGAAUGACACGCUCGCCGCCGCUGCCGCCGACGGCAUGGACAUUGGCACGGACAGCGCGCUGCGUCCCUACGAAGCGGCGCGCUACCUGCCGAACCAGGCGAUGCUCUCCGUCACCGACCACCUCCACUGGCUCUUUGCGACGCGCCCUGCGUCGCCGUACACGGAGCACGGCGGGCUCGCGCAGUCCGUGCGCCAGGCCGCGCUCCAGGCGCUGGUCUGGGCGCGCUCGACCGGCCUGGACGUGGUGAACGAGCUGGGGCCGCUGAAGCAGGUGCUGCUGCAAGGCGCAGGAUCGACAAAGCGUAUGUAG